AUGAAUACCGAAGCACAGCAGCAUGACCAUAGCAUCAAUUCCCGCCAAACGGUGACAGUAAACAGCUAUGAUUGGCUACAGUACCGAGAUGAGCAAGAACAGCAUAAAGCCAAGAACGCGAUAACGCACAUAUCUCCAGGGGUCAGCUUAAGUACACACAGUUCAGACAUUCCGGCGGAUCCUCAGUCCUUCAACCCCUCUUCUCAAGCUCUGGCUAACGUGUUGUCCGAGAGUCCGCCAUCCAACCAAGGUUCAGGGUCCAAUUUUACGGUUGUACAGCCUUCUAAUGUAGAGGACAAAAUCUCAAGACAGAGGGAUGACGGAAGUGGCCAUGAGAUUCAGUAUUCGGUGUUUCGUCCCGUGCAUGCCUAUCCAACGAGGGACUUGCCGUACGAACAGCUCCGAAGAAAGGAAGAACAAGAACAGCGAGAAAACUUCAAUCAUUUGGUUUACGAUUGUACUGAGGCUGUGGAGAGGUUUGGACGCGAACUGGAAAGGAUAAAAGCUGGUUCUAGUGGGUCGUAUUUUGUAUAUGGAACAUCAGCCAGCGAAAGCGCGCCUGUAGGGGUCUUCAAACCCAAGGAUGAGGAACCGUAUGGCCCAUUCUCUCCUAAAUGGACCAAAUGGGCCCAUCGUACUUUUUUCCCAUGUCUUUUCGGCAGAAGCUGUCUGAUACCUAAUCUCGGGUACAUUUGUGAAAGUGCAGCAAGUUUGCUGGAUAGACGGCUUGAAACGCACAUUGUGCCCUACACAGAUACUGCAUCUUUAGAGUCCUUUAAUUUCUAUGACAAUAGGAAAAAAUGGGUACUAGGGUACAACUUGCAGAAAAAGAAACAGAAAAAAUUGGGUUCAUUCCAGCUUUUCCUCAAAGAUUACAUGAAUGCCGAUGAGUUCUUUCAUAAGUAUCCGCUACCAGGAAUGUACUCAGACGUUAAACAGCCGUUGCAACAAAAAUCAUCUGGUGAAGACGUCAAACAUAAACCAGAGAUAACUAUGACCUUAAUAGACGAUACAGAGGCGCCCAAGAAAAUAAACUUCUCCCCGACUUCAAUAGAAUCCGAAGAAAACACAAUAUUUGAGUGGACAGAAUCGACCCUAAAUCAUUUUAGACUGGAGCUAGAAAAACUGAUAAUCCUGGACUAUAUAAUGAGGAACACAGAUAGGGGUCUGGACAACUGGAUGGUGAAACUAAUCAAACUACCAAAUAAUGAGUGGAAGCUAAAAUUAGCUGCAAUUGACAAUGGCUUGUCCUUCCCCUGGAAACACCCCGAUGAGUGGCGUUUAUACCCUUACGGGUGGUUGUAUUUGCCCUUGCAACUCCUGGCCAAACCAUUUUCCGAGCAAAUAAGGUCCCAUUUUCUACCGAUAUUGACAAGUACCAAAUGGUGGGAAGAAUCGUAUCAAGAAUUUUUAGCUCUAUUUAGCAGGGACGAGGAUUUUAGCGUUCGAAUGUGGAGAAAGCAAUGGGCGGUUUUGAAGGGCCAGGCAUUCAACGUCGUGGAAACUUUGAAGGACCCCAGGCAAGGCCCGUUGGAGCUAGUUAGAAGAACAAGAUGCCAAAUAAUAGACGAAAAGAUGCAGGUCCCCUGCUGUCCACCUCCCGUGUCCAUCUUCAAAAACGCUAUAGAUGAACCUAUUGGACUAUAUUCUUCUUCACCAAUGGUACUCCCCAGUACUCCGAGCACGAUUCCGUUUCAUACACAUGGCCAGGACGAUAAUCAGCCUGUGUACCAUGAUUCAACUGUCCACCCGUUCGCGAAUAAAACCGUGAUAGCCGAGCGAUUACAAAUAGUCAAUUCUACUCCUGUGUUCACUUGGUGCUGA